AUGACGAACGACACCUGGGCACAACGGAUAGACCAGCAACAGGAUACCAUCCUGCCGACUCUCCAUCACAUUACCAAAAAGUAUACAGGCCAACUUACGAAGACAUUUGACUGCCUGCACGCUCAUGACUUGGUACAUUUCGACGAAGAUGAUGUGGUUAUGGUUCGAUCGGAGGGCAGGACGACCAAGGCAAUGCGGCCACUGUUUGGGCCGUAUGUGGUGAAGGCUAGAAUUGGACAACGCUAUGAGUUGGCGAAUAAAGAUCGAUCCGCCCCUACAGAAUUCAAUGAAAAACCGGUACGGGUGGAACUCCUCCGGUUAGUGCAUAGCCACACAGACCCACCACUUAACGAUGAAUUGUGGACAGAAAGAGGGGUUGAGUUCCGCUGGUGGUCAGAAUACAA